UGGGAAAAAUCUUGUAUAAUCGAUCGAGAAGAAAAAAUAAAAUGAUUUAAACGGGCGCCAAACAUACCAACCUGAUAGCCGGUCACCCGGUUGUCCACGUUUUGCUAUUGUUAUUCGCCCCGUUGACGACUUGUAAACCUCUCACAAACCCCCAGUUUCUAAAACAAACACCCCCUCACCCCUAAAACCCUAGAUUAGACUUACACAUUUUACAGAUAUCAAAUUAAAAAUCCUAAUCUAUAUAUAUAAAAAAAAUGUUGGAAAGCAGAUUGAUUUCGAUUAUUAUAAGAAAAAACAAAUCCAUCAAUCAAUUUAAAUCUUCUUAUUCUUAUUCAUCUUCAUCAUCAUUAAGAAAUAGUAAUCAUAAUGCUGGUCAUACUCACCGAUUCAAUUUCCAAAAUUAUUACUCAAAGAAUCCUUGUAGACAUUUUUCAAACCCCCCAACCGCCAGAAGCUGUUUCGUUCGAUCCUUUCAUAAUCUUAACAAGGGGUCCUUUAAGCCAACCUAUAGAUAUAUGUCAACUGUAGCUGCAACUGCUUCUAAAGAAAACAAGGAGGCAUUGAAGCUUCUUGUUACUGCUGGACCUCAUGCCCAGAAAGCAAUAGGAAUCUGGCUUUUUGCAUCUGCUGCAUGGGUGUUUAGUAUGGUUGUUCUUGGUGGUGUCACACGACUCACCCGCUCUGGUCUUUCAAUGACGGACUGGAAGUUUACUGGCACCCUUCCUCCCCUAUCAGAAGAAGAUUGGUUGAUUGAGUUUGAGAAAUAUAAACGAUCCCCUGAGUUCAAGCGUGUGAACAGAGGAAUGGGUAUUGAUGAUUUUAAAUUCAUCUACUGGAUGGAAUAUGCACACCGGAUGUGGGGAAGGGCAUUAGGAAUCAUGUUUGCCCUUCCAUUUUCAUAUUUUAUUCGAAAAGGUUAUAUUAAUCUACGGCUUGGAGCUAGACUCGCUGGUCUGUUUGCUCUUGGUGGUGGUCAAGGGAUGAUCGGCUGGUGGAUGGUUAAAAGUGGUUUGGAAGAACCACCCUCAGAGUAUUCUCAACCAAGAGUAAGCCCAUACCGUCUUGCUGCUCACCUAACUUCAGCUUUUGCAAUAUAUUGUGGGCUCUUCUGGACUGCUCUUUCUGUAGUCAUGCCUGAACCUCCUACUGAGUCAAUGACUUGGGUUAAAGGGGCUGCAAAAGUCCGAAGGCUUGCUCUUCCUGUUGGUAUUCUUGUUGGUAUAACUGCAGUUUCAGGAGCCUUUGUUGCAGGAAAUGAUGCGGGACAUGCAUUUAAUACAUUUCCAAAGAUGGGUGAUUCAUGGAUCCCAGAAGAUGUUUUGAGUAUGAAGCCACUUCUCCGAAACUUCUUUGAGAACACAGCAACUGUGCAGCUUGAUCAUCGUAUACUUGCAACUGCCACCUUAGCAUCUAUUGCUGGUCUAUGGUUGUCAACAAGAAAACUUGAACUACAUCCAGCUAUUCGUUCUUUGAUCGGAAGCACAUUGGGGAUGGCUGCUUUACAGGUGACUUUGGGCGUAUCAACUCUUUUAUCUUAUGUACCGGUUUCACUUGGCACCGCCCACCAAGCCGGGGCUUUGACUCUUUUGACUUUUAUGCUUCUACUUAAUCACACUGUACGCCGACCAUCACCAAUGCUUCUCAAAUCACUUCCCGCAGUUGCAAAAACAAUGUGAUUACCAAUAUAAUUAAUCAGGAUUCUGAUUAUACAUAUAAUGCCUCUACAUGUGGUAGCUCUCUAAUAUGUAGACUGAUAGCUGUCUUAAGCCAUGACUGGUGGGUUGUACAACUUUUAUGUGCACAAUGGCAGCAGCAUUUUUUAUUUUUUUUCAUUUAUCAGUUAAAUGUCAAAUGUUCAUUAUCUUUUGCUAUAUUAUACGGAGUAUUAUGGUAUUUUUCUCUCUUUUUAAUAAUUUAUUGUAUCUAAAAUUCUUCCUAAAGUAUAAUAAAUAACUGUAGUAUAAUUUUAGUGUCUCA